UCGCUAAAGAUCAUGCUCGAAGGAAUGCUAUUAGAAGAAAGUAUUAAUGAUGAUGAUAAUGAUAGUCAUAUGGUAACUCGAGUAUGCGGAGCCAAUGGUGAAUGGCAGGAGUCCAAUUACAGUCAGUGCAUUGCAGUAGUCGAAGAGUACAAGCACUGUAUAGCGGGAUUUUGUCGUGCGGUAAGUCACCUUAGGAACGUUGCACCUUUUCAUACCUUGAAAGGACUUUCACGCUCCCUUCAUAGUGCAGCAUCCAUCGUUGCCUUAAUCAAGCAUGAAUUCAUUUCGUCACUUUACCUCAAGGGACCUUUCGGUUUCCGUGGCGCAAUUUUCGUUUCACGCUGUUGCCCCGAUCUUCUUCGAGAGGUCGUCAUCUCCGUAUCCCUGACGCUUUCCAUAGUAUCUGUGACCCUUCUAGUUGCAGCUAUAUUACUCUUCUCCAUAUUCGAUUCGAUUCAAUGUCGUCGACUAUCGAUUCACAAAAACCUUGCCACUGCGUUUGUGUUUCGAUUCGCUAUGUUUGCUAUUUGGACCAUUUUGCAGUCAACAAACCUUUUCUCAGAUUGUACAUCAUUUCUUCCUCAACCUCUUUGGCAAUGGGAAUGGAUAUGCAAAACAGUCCUCUGGUUCGUAAUAUACUUCCAGGUGGCCUCUGUCAUGUGGAUGCUGAUCGAAGGAGCCUAUCUGUACAGUCGAUUUACGGUUUUUGCAAUGCGUCAUAAUGAUGCCCCUUGGUUUUUAUACAUGUUAUGUGGAUGGGGUGUUCCUGUGAUUGUGGUGAUGUGCUGGACUGUGGUGCACGAGUACAAGUCACGACAACAAAAUUCUUUUUGUUGGCUUCCUUAUGCUCAAGGAAGUCAUAUGUGGAUCCUCUCCGGAACAAUGGGCUUCGCUCUUAUUAUGAAUUUCAUUUUUUUACUCGGGAUUGUGGUCAUUCUAGUACAGAAACUGCGAACUGAAAACUCGGCUGAAUCUAAAAAAAUCUGGCGAACGAUAAAAGCUACUCUUUUGCUUGUUCCACUGCUUGGAAUCUCAAAUAUUCCCUUGUUUUAUGAGCCAGAGCAAAGAAGUGCCGUCUACAUGCUAGGAUCCGCAAUUUUCCAGAACUCACAGGGUAUUUUCAUCUCUGUCCUCUACUGUUUUUUGAAUAUCAGUUUUUUGAAUUCUGAUGGCGGAUAUUUUAAGACCACGGCAGCGUUUCGAUACGGAAAGGACAUAUGUACCAGAGUACAGAAAUAUCACGAAACAUGGAAUGCCGAUGGAGGAACUGAAUGGCACGAAAAGGGUACCUCAAGAAACCACACCGUUAAACCAGGGAUUCUUAAGGACUCAACUAAGUAA